CCACAGAUCACCACAGCUGCAUAAUAAGCAAUUUCUUGUAUUAGGUGUCUGCCCGCCGUUGCUGUCAGCGUCAUGAUAGCGCCCCACCACGUCGGCUCCAUUCACAUUAAGUUUGGAAUUAAUUUCCUGCCGUCCUUUAGACCCUCCGCCUUCAGUUUGCCACCCUCGCAACCAAUAACCCGGCAGAAAAUCAUGUCAAAUUCCUAGUCCGCGGAAGUCCGCGUCCUUCAUCCACCGUCCCGAGAUGCGUGCACGGAAGGUCUCCCCGCCCAGCCAGCCCGGCAGUCCCGGCCCACAAUCCGAGGCCGCCGGGCUAACCACUGGGAAGGUUCUGAUUCCCCGGGUUCGAUCGAGGAUGCUGGCGAACUCCCAGAUCCGGACCGCUCGAGCUUGCGAUCCCUGUCGUCACCGCAAGGCCAAGUGCAAUGGCGGGAGGCCGAUAUGCAGUCAGUGUGAGAGGCUCGGGAUUGAAUGCUUGUACACGGAGCAGAAGCGCACCCAGGAGAAAAAGGAGCUGGACAUGUUGCGGGCUGCCAUCAAGCGGCAUGAGCGGAUGCUGCAGCUCAUGUCGUCCCGCUCGACGGAUGCAGUCUCCGCAGGACAUCCAACGGUUGCUCCACCGAGCCAACAAUUGGCCAUUCAACAAGCGCUGCCGGAGAGUCUGGAUCGCACCAUAGAGCUGCUUCACAUCCAGCUCAGAGAGUUGCAUAGUAUUUAUCAGACUGUGCAUGAUUGCGAUGUUGCAGUGUUGCCCACCGUGGUGGACACCAUCCGUAGGAGUGUCUCGGUGCAUGAGGCUGCCACUCAGCUGACACGGCAGAUGUCGUCGCAAAGCUCGGGAAUCAGUCUGGAGAGGAUGCAGAGGGUGUGGCUGACACGGAUGUCGGGGAAGCCCGAGUUGGUCAACCGACAUCCCUCGUACAACGUGAAUGCCGGAGAACGCUGGACGUCGAUCGUUGACAAUGCGGCUGCGUCGCAUCUCUUCUCGCUAUUCUUCGUCUGGGAUAAUCCAACAUGGCUCCUCAUUGACCCCGUCUCGUUCCUGGAAGAUUUUCACAGUGGGUCCACGCAGUUCUGCUCGUCGUUGUUGGUCCAUACGAUUCUCUUCUAUGCAUGUCACUUCUCAUAUGAUCUGGAGAAACCGUGGGACCGGCGUGUGGAAAUGUCCACCGCCAAACGGCUUCUGCGGGAGGUAGAACGGCUGUGGCAGCGCGACAAGCAGACCGUAUGCAUUCCCACUGUGCAAUCCAGCCUGAUUCUGGGGCUGUUCUUUUGUGCAUCCGGGAAAGACAAGAUAGGUGUGGAGUAUAUCCAAUACGGGGCCCGGAUGGCGUUGCAUCUGGGUCUGCAUACCGCCGCGCCGCAUAUCCCGAACGAUUCAGUAAAAGCUCGGAACAAGUGGGCGUACAAGGCCAUCGCUAGUGCGGUCCACGACGUGCAAACUCUGACUUUGCAACUAGCCAGGAUCCCAUCGGUCUGGCCCGGGCCACCAGAGCUGUUCUUAUCAGAGGAAGAAGCGGCUGCAGCAGAUCGGAACCAGCAAUGGGCGCCAUAUCCAUUCACUCAUCCAGCCCACAAAUCAUUUCUAUACACGGGGCUCUCCGCCAGACGAGAACUGUUCAUCAUCGUCAAUGACGUGGGGCAUCUGUUCCGUCAACUCGGUGGUCGGUUUGAUAUGCAGGGAUGGCAGCAGGGGGCUGUCUUGUACCAGAGACUAUUACAUUUCGAGCGGGAUCUUCCAGCUGUGCUGGGGGUCCAACGGAAUCGGACGCCCCAUAAUCUCUGUUUUCACAUGUACUACCACAUGACGGUCGUGAGUCUCUGCGGACUCUUCGUAUCCCGCGACAGCACGACCCCGACAGAUGUCCUGAUCCAAGCCACGAAUUUCGAUCCUCAAAAGCUGCUGGGCGACGCGAUGGACGCAAUCGCCACGCUGAUAUUGCUCUAUCGAGUGUGUCACGGAUGGAAGUCGAUCCCACUGGUGAUGAUGCACUAUUUUGUGGUCGCAGGAGUGCACGCAGCCUCGCAUCUGGAGUCGUCGAAAUGGCGCGAGGUGCUGGUCAGCUGCGUGUCUGGACUGUGGCACAUGGGUCUGGUGUGGCGCGUCUCCCGGGCAUUUCUGCGGACGGUCCAGCUGGUGCUGCAGAGUGCAGAUCAGACGUUGAUUCCAGCCGAAGCAGUGUCAAUUCUGAAAGAAUUCGGCGAAAAGGUGUGGAACCAGAACGAGGUCAACUCACUGGCAGCUGACUAUGUGGUCUACCAUCAUCCGAAACGGACGCUGGCACUGGACCAGGGGAAUAACUUUCAGGGGGAGAAACUAGAGAAGCUGAUUCGAGCUUUCGAUCAGUUGAGUACGGAUGGAUAGGAGAAGAGAGAUGAUGAUAGAUGGGGGGAGCCGGUCUGUACACGAUGACUGUAAAUAAUGUUUGUUAUGUUACCUGCGAUACACGACGCAGCCACGCGCCACGAGAAUAUACGACUCGGGCGGUAAAAUAC